GAAGACAGAGAAGAUGAUAUGGACGAAAGAGAAGGUAAGGAAGUCAGAGAAGAUGAUAUGGACGAAAGAGAAGGUAAGGAAGUCAGAGAAGAUGAUAUGGACGAAAGAGAAGGUAAGAAAGGCAGAGAAGUGGAUAUGGACGAACGAGAAGGUAAGGAAGACAGAGAAGAGGAUAUGGACGAAAGAGAAGGUAAGGAUGUCAGAAAAGAUGAUAUGGACGAAAGAGAAGCUAAGGAAGACAGAGAAGAUGAUAUGGACGAAAGAGAAGGUAAGGAAAACAAAGAAGAGGAUAUGGACGAAAGAGAAGCUAAGGAAGACAGAGAAGAGGAUAUGGACGAAAGAGAAGGUAAGAAAGACAGAGAAGAGGAUAUGGACGAAAGAGAAGGUAAGAAAGACAGAGAAGAGGAUAUGGACGAAAGAGAAGCUAAGGAAGACAGAGAGAAUGAUAUGGACGAAAGAGAAGGUAAGGAAGACAGAGAAGAGGAUAUGGGCGAAAGAGAAGCUAAGGAAGACAGAGAAGAUAAUAUGGACGAAAGAGAAGGUAAGGAAAACAGAGAAGAGGAUAUGGACGAAAGAGAAGGCAAGGAAUACGGAGAAAAAGUCAUGGACGAAACAAAAUGCAAAAAUGAUGAGGGUGGGAAAAAAGGUAAAAUAA